AUGUGGGAGGAUAAUUAUUUUAGAGCUUUAAAUAAAAAACUUCGAGCUGAAGAGCUUUUGAAAAUGUCAAAACUGCCUCCAUCAAUGGCAAAGCGUGAAGAAGAAAACAAAAAGAAGGAAGCUUUAGACGAUUUGGAUAUUCCACAAACACCAACAUUGACCAAAACCAAUGUUGAGUUUGCAUUACAAAAAAAGAAGAAAUUGAGAAGAAAAGCAAGAAAAACUAAAAGUUCAAGUGGAAAUGCAAGAAAAGAUUUUUCCCGGUCUUAUCUUUAUGAUACAAAACGUGAUAAAGACAGAUUAAGUGUCAAAGUAAUCAACAUAAAUUCUGACAUGACAACAACGACGAAUACCACAAAACAUCGGGAAACUCCAACAGAUUCUAAAUCGGUAACAAUCACUCCAGCUCCAAUUUAUCCUGUCAACAGACCCAAUCUAGCAGCAACUUUAAGAUUCGAAUGGAGUCGAGAGAAGCUUAAACAAUUUAAAGAUGCCAGAGAAAUGUUAAUGAGAGAUAAAUUUAGGAAACCAAGUUGGGGAGUUAAAAAGUCUCACGCAUUUCAACAACUUAAUUAUGAAACAUCAAACGAAGAAGAAAUCGCGAUAAGACUAGCAACACGUAGAGCGGAACAAAAACUUCGACAAGAAGAACACGAGUUGAACAUGGAAAUGAUGAAACAAAGAGUGAAAACAGCUCCACUACUACUUGAAGGUCCGUCACAACUAUCACCGCGACUCGGUCACAUCUACCAUCACUGCGAUAUAGCAGAUGAUAGGAAAAAGAUUAACAGUUUAAAUCAACAAAAUGUAAUAAAAAGUAGCAACAAACAAUCAAAAAGUCACAAAGGAAACAGGCCAGAAUCAACGAUUUCAUCUGAUAGCUCGCUAAAUUAA